GGAGCCAUGGCUGCGGGUGGGGGGGACCCCGUGGAGGAUCUCUGCGAGGAGGCCACCUGCCCCAUCUGCCUGGACUACUUCCAGGGCCCGGUGAUCAUCCCCGGGUGCGGGCACAGCUUCUGCCUCUCCUGCCUGAGCCCCAGCCUAAGCCCAAGCCUGGCGGGUGGGAGCAAGGAGAACCCCCCGUGUCUCUGUCCCCAGUGCAGGCAAGCCUUCCAGCCGGGGAGCCUCUUCCCAAACCGGCAACUGGCCAACCUGGUCGAGAUCGCCAAGAAGCUGAGAGGUCAGGGGGACAAGGAGAGAAGGCAAGGGCAAGGGCAAGGGGGAGCCUGCCAGAAGCACCAGGAGCCCCUCAAGCUCUUCUGCAAGGAGGACCGGAGCCCCAUCUGCGUGGUCUGUGACCGGGCCAAGGAGCACCGAGACCAUCAGGUGGUCCCACUGGAGGAGGCCGCCCAAGAGUACCAAGAUCUGGUCUCUAUUCAAUUGGAGCUGCUGAGGGUGAAGAGAGAAAAAAUUCUGAAAGAUAUAGCAGAUGCGGAAAAGGAGGGCCAAGAGCUGCUCGAAUUAACACAAACGGAGAGGCAACAGACAGUGGCUCAGUUCCAGGAAAUACGUCAGUUCCUUGAAGAACAGGAGAAACUUCUGCUGGCCCACAUGGAGAAAGUAGAGAAGGAGUUAGCAAGGCAGAAGGAGAAACAUGAGGCCAGGCUUUCUGAGGACCUUGCCUCUGUUAAAAAAAUCAUCUGGGAGCUAGAGAAGAAGAAGCAGCAACCAGCCAGUGAACUCCUGAAGGAUGUGGAAAGUGUCUUGCAGAGGAGUAAAGAGAAGGCAGCGAUGUUUCAGAAUCCAGUGACUUUCUCUCCAGACUUGAAAUGGAAGAUUUGGGACUUCUGUGAUAUUAAUCACUUUCUGAAAGCCAUCAUGGAACAAUUCAAAAAAACUCUCUUGAAUGGACUACCAAUGAAAAAAGCAAAUGUGCACCUGAACCCACUCACAGCUCAUCCCCGACUCAUCUUGUCUGAAGACUGUAAGAGCGUAGCAUGGGUAGAGAAACCCCAAGAUCUGCCUGAGAACCCUGCGAGAUUUGACCGACGUUCUUUCGUGCUGGGAUGUGAAGGAUUCACAACAGGCAGACAUUAUUGGGAAGUGUUUGUGAAAGGUGAGGGGAUAUGGGCUGUGGGAGUGGUCAGAAAAUCUGUGAAGAGAAAAGGACUUGUGGAGUUUAGUCCUGAAGAAGGUAUUUGGGCCGUGGGGAAGUGGAAUAAUGAGUAUAGGGUUGUAAGGACUCCUGAGAACCCCCUUCUGCACCUGAGAAGAGAGCCCUCAAAGAUCCGAGUGAGUCUGAAUUGCACUGGAGAGCGUGUAGCCUUUUUUGAUGCCGAUACUGGAGAUUUCCUUUAUGCAUUCUCUGCAACCCCAUUCUCUGGAGAAACCCUUCAUCCUUACUUUUAUGUGAUAAGAAAAGCUGAGCUCCAUAAAGGCCUAGCCUCUGAAAGCCAAGAAAGUGAAACCAAUUCUGGCUUCCUUGAAGCAGCUAUGGAGGCAGCUUUGGGAGAUCCUGUUCAGGAGCUCUGUGAGGAAUCCACUUGCUCAGUCUGCCUGGAUUAUUUCAGGGAUCCAGUGACCAUAGAAUGUGGGCACAACUUCUGCCGGGGGUGCAUCGCUCAGUUCUCGGGAGAAUCGGACCAGGUGCCCACCUGCCCUCAAUGCAGAAAACCUUUCCUGCAGAAGAACUUUGUGUCAAAUAAACAGCUGGCAAAUUUUGUAGAAAUAACUAAGAAACUCACGCCUUUAGUGGGAAAGGGGGCACCGGCCACAGAGAUCGCCUGUAAGAAGCACCAGGAGCCCUUAAAGCUUUUCUGUAAGGAUGAUGAAAUCCCUAUCUGUGUGGUUUGUGACCGAUCCCAAGCACACAGAAAUCAUGCCGUGGUUCCUGCCGAGGAGGCUGCCCAGGAGUACAAGGAUCUGAUCUGUCGUCAUCUGGACUUUCUGAAAAAGCAGAAAGAGAAAAUGCUGGAAUUUACAGCUCAAACAACAAAGGAAAGCCAAGACUUCCUUAAGCUCAUGAAAACAGAGAUGGAGAAGACAGAGGUAAGCUUCACGCAACUAUACCAGUUUUUGGAAGCUCAAAAGAAGCUUCUACUGGCCCAGAUGGAAAAAGUGGUGGAGGAGAUCACAAGCAAAAGGGAUGCGGUCUUGAGCAGAGUUUCAAAGGAACUGUCCUCUCUUGAAACUUGUGUCCGAGAGAUGGAAUUAAAAUGCCAGCAAUCACAAAUGCACCUCCUUCAGGAUGUUGGAAACAUUUCUCUAAGCACUAAAGAAAAGAAUACAUUUGAGAAUCCAGUGGCUUUUCCUCCAAAACUGAAAUGGAAAAUUUGGGACUGCUGUGAUGUAAAUUCCUUUCUAGCUGGCAUCACGAACCAAUUCAGAGAUGCCCUGAUAUCAGGACAAAAGUGGCAGAAAGCCAAUGUCAUUCUGGAUCCGGACACAGCACACCCACAACUAAUCCUUUUUCGUGACCAUAAGAGCGUGAGAUGGGGAGAAGAAUGGCAAACGUUGCCUCAGAAGGCAGAAAGAUUUGAAGAAAAAUAUAUUGUGUUGGGCCGGGAAGGGUUCACAACUGGGAGACAUUUCUGGGACAUUUCUGUAGGAAAGGAAGGGGAAUGGGCCGUGGGAGUCGCCAGGAAAUCUGUGGAGAGAAAAGGUGCCAUUGAGUUUUCUCCCAUGGGAGGAAUCUGGGAGAUGGGGAAGUGGUCAGGGCGGUAUAGGGCCCCCAAUCUCAAUUUUGACACUUUUCCCUCCCUAGACAAGAAACCCAAAAGAAUCCGAGUCUGUUUGAACAGUGCGGCUGGUCAGGUGGUCUUUUAUGAUGCAGACACUGCAACUCAUAUCCACACUUUCUUAGCACCUUCCUUCUCAGGAGAGACCCUCCUCCCUUUCUUUUGGGUGAGGAAAAAUGGUUACCUCCACAUUUUGUAAUCAAAGGUCUUUUUUUUCUUCAAAAAAUUGCAUAAAUGGGUGAUGUUUAGAAACCUUUUACUGUCACCAAAUUUUCAUGACCCCAACACUGAGUGAAGGGAACCACAUUUGUGGUCAGGAACCACAGUUUAAGAAGCAGUAUUAUAUAUAACCUAAAGCUCCAGGUAUGCAUUGGUGGUUUCUCAUCCAAGCACUGGGGCUACAAGAAAUGGGGCUACAAAGCUGAAUCCACGACAUGCGAGUGUGGAGAAGAGCAAACCACAGACCACCUGCUGCAAUGCAACCUGAGCCCCGCCACAUGCACGAUGGAGGACCUUCUUGCGGCAACACCAGAGGCACUCCAAGUGGCCAGAUACUGGUCAAAGGACAUUUAAUCAGCUACCAAGUUUGCAAAAUGUGUGUGUUUUUUUUAAUCUGUUUGUUUGCUUUGUUCUGUUAGAAAUGUGGUACAGUGUUCUGGUUGCGGACGACACGAUAAAUAAAAUCCAAGCACUGACCAGGGCUGACCCUGCUCAGCUUCCACUGUGCUUACUUGUUGUCCUAUUGUGCAAUAAGAAAUGAAUAGUACAGUACAGUGUAUUGUCGAAGGCUUUCAUGGCCGGAAUCACUGGGUUGUUGUAGGUUUUUUCGGGCUAUAUGGCCAUGUUCUAGAGGCAUUCCCUCCUGACGUUUCGCCUGCAUCUAUGGCAAGCAUCCUCAGAGAUUGUAUAGUACAGUCUCGCUUAUCCAACAGGCCAGCAGAAUGCUGGAUAAGCAAAAAUCUUGGAUAAUAAGGAGGGAUUAAGGAGAAUCCUAUUAAAUGUCAAAUUACAUUAUGAUUUUACAAAUUAAGCACCAAAACAUCACUUUUUACAACAAAUUGACAGAAAAAGCAAUUCAAUACAUGGUAAUGUUAUGUAGUAAUUUCUGUAUUUAGGAAUUUUGCACCAAAACAUUGCAAUGUAUUGAAAUAAGUGUGAAUCCAGGUGGGAGGUAGACUGUGUUGGAUAAUAGAGAAUGUUGGAUGAGCAAAGGUUGGAUAAGUGAGACUCUACUGUAACUAUUUAUGCGAGCCCGAGAGAUAAAGUGGUGUAAGGCAAAAGACAAGUGGGGAUAAUAAGCAAGGUCCUUUCCUUUCAUAUCUUGUUGGGACACCUUCCAUUUGUACUACUUUCUUCUGAAAUGAGCAUUAAAAUGCACAGCCCCUUCCUCA